CCCUCGUCAUUUAAUGAUUACUUUCAGCUCUACAACAUUGUCAGUCUACCGUCUACCGUCUACAGUGGACAGUGUACACUUGGGUCGCCGGAGAGAGUGACUUGAAACAGGGCUGAGAUGACGGGAAUACGAAUGCCUCGAGGGGUGGUUAUUUCGACCAUAUCAGUGGUCCUGGUCUUAUGUUUGGGUGUGCUCUCGGUCAGGGGCGUGGCUGUGAUGAGUGUGGACAUGGGCUCGGAAUGGAAUGAAAAUUGCAGUGGUGUCGCCGGGUGUGCCCAUGGAGAUUGCCUUGAAUAAAGAAUCGAAGCGGAAAACGGCGGCCGUGGUGGCCUUGCGGAAUGGUGAGCGGCAUUUUGGCUCGGAUGCCGUGUCCUUGGGGGUUCGUUAUCCCCAGAGUUGCUAUUCUUUCCUACUGGAUCUCCUGGGCAAACGCGUGGAACAUCCCCAAGUUCAAUUGUUCAUGGCCCGCUUCCCACACUACCAGAUCCAGGCUCAUCCUGAGCGCGGCACCGUCAUGUUCCAACACGACGAGAACACGGUCUACACCGUGGAGGAGCUGAUCGGCAUGAUUCUCGAGCACGCCAAGUCCAUUGCCGAGACUUACACCGAGCAGAAGAUCAAGGAUGCGGUCGUGACCGUGCCCGUGUAUUUCAAUCAAGCAGAGCGACGAGCCCUGCUCGAAGCGGCCAGUUUGGCUCAGAUUCAGGUGCUCCAAUUGAUCAGUGAGCCCAUGGCCGUGGCUUUGAACUACGGCAUGUUCCGACGGAAGGAGAUCAAUGGGACGGCUCGAAAUCUCAUGUUCUAUGACAUGGGAUCGCAGGACACCACCGUGUCCAUAGUCAGCUUCCAGGUGAUCAAGACCAAAGAGCGAGGAUUCACCGAAACCCAUCCGCAAGCUCAAAUCUUGGGCAUUGGAUAUGAUCGCAAUCUUGGAGGCAAAUCUGUUCAGAUUAAGUUGCGCGACCAUUUGGCCGACAAGUUCAAUGAGCUCAAGAAAACGAAAACUGACGUACGAACUGUUCCUAGAGCCAUGGCCAAACUCGCCAAGGAAGCCGAACGCGUCAAAACGGUCUUGAGUGCCAACUCCCAAAUCUACGCCCAAGUGGAAAAUGUCAUGGAGGACAUCGAUUUUCGAGUGGAGGUCACACGUGACACACUGGAAUCUCUAAAUGCGGAUUUCUUUCUUCAUGUGACCGAGCCCAUUGACAUGUCACUCAAGACUGCGGCCAUGACCAUGAGCGAAAUCGACGAGAUCAUCUUGGUCGGUGCUGGAACUCGAGUUCCCAAGGUGCAGGAAAAACUUCAAACCUAUUUUGGACGAGAACUCGGACGGAACUUGAACACAGACGAGGCUGCGGCUAUGGGAGCCGUUUAUCGAGCCGCCGAUCUCUCCACGGGUUUCAAGGUGAAGAAAUUCAUCACGAAAGACGGCGUCCUCUUUCCGAUCGAUGUUGAUUUCGAACGGGAAUACGAGAAUGACGAGGGAGAAAAGGGCGUGAAGCAAGUGAAACGCACCCUCUUCUCCAAGAUGAAUCCGUACCCUCAGAAGAAGAUCAUGACCUUCAAUAAGCACACGGGGGAUUUCACGUUCUUCGCCAAUUUGAACGAGUUGGACCAUAUCUCCAAAGAAGAAAUGGCCCGUAUUGGCAGCCUCAACCUCACCGAGGUCAAGGUCAAGGGAUUGGCACCAAUUCUGGAGAAAUAUGCUCAACAGUCCAAUGUGGAGAGCAAAGGGGUCAAGGCUCACUUCAACUUGGACGACUCUGGCCUUUUGGGCGUCUCGACGGUGGAGGCUGUUUUUGAACAAACCAUUACGGUUGAGGAACAAGAGGCCCAGGAAAAGAAAGAGGAGGCCGAUCAACCAGAAGAGGCUAAGGAAACCGAAAAAGACGAUUCUUGGUCUAAUUUGGGAGACACCAUCUCUAACUUCUUCAACAAAGAUGGAGACGACAAAGACAAGAAAGACGGGGCCGAUGGUGCCCAAAAGGAAGGAGAUAAGGACAAGAAAAAGGACAAGGAGGAUAAGAAAAAGAAGGAAAAGGCCGCCAAGAAGCCCAAGAUUGAGACCAUCAAGGAACCAUUGGAAUUCGUAACCAAAAUAGUCGAUCUCACUCCCAUGAGCGAGGAGCUCAUCACAGAAAGCAUGGCCAAACUGAAGGCUCUCAAUGACGUGGACGAACUCAAAACCGCCAAAGAGACCGCUCUAAACUCCCUGGAGACGUUCGUUAUUGACGUUCGAGACAAAUUGUACCAAGAGUUGUGGGAGAAAUCUUCAACCGAGGAGGAGCGCGAGAAAUUUAGUGCCAAAUGUUCCGAGAUCUCCGACUGGAUCGAUGAGGAAGUUUCUCCGGAUACUGAACUUGAACCACUUGAGACAAGGCUCAAAGAACUCAAGGAUCUGACCUCAUCCUGGUUUGCUAGAGUACGUGAACACGUGGAUCGACCGGAAGCCUUGGGAGCUCUGAAUCAAAUGAUGAAUACCUCUCACAAUUUCCUUGGCAAGGCAAAAAACAAGACCGGCGAGGACGGCUUCUUUACCGAAAAGGAAUUAGAAACCCUGGAGAAAAAAAUUCAGGAUAUCACCAAAUGGAGGGACGACAAGUUGGCCGAUCAAGAUCUGCAACCCAUGAGCGAGAUGCCAAAGAUGACAGCCAGUAGCAUUGCUGAAAAAGCUCUGGAAUUGGACCGGGAGGUGAAAUAUCUUAUCAACAAGGCCAAAAUUGCUCAAGCGGAGAAGGAACGCGAGAAACGUCUGAAGGAAGCUGAAGAGAAGAAGGCCAAAGAAGAGGCCGAGAAGAAGAAGAAGAAAAAGGACAAGAAGAAGAAGAAGGCCAAGAAGGACGACGCCACAAGCGCCACUGAAGACACUGAGGAGGACUCCAAAGGCGAAGAACAACCAGAGGAGACCAACGACGACGAAACUGAAGAGAACUCGACCACAGACGAAACCCCGUUGAACGAGGAGGUUGAAAAUCAGCCGGAUGGAAAGACACCAGAUAAUGACAACGAGCAGAUCAUUGUGGAAGAAGAGGGAGAGGAAGACUCAUUAUCGCAAGAUGGCGCUGCCGAGGUCCCUGUUGAAGAAGAGAACACCGGUCACUCAGAACUUUGAAGAUCCCAAGGAUGUUCAAGGAUAUUCAUUCAGAAACGAGUUUAGAAGCGUUAAAGUAUCCUUGUAUUGACUCUCUCGUGAGGCAGUAGGUGUUGCUAAUUCCAAAGGCCACCAAACAAGUGUGAUAUGAGAUUUCCAAGUACAUUGAGACUUGGAAUCACAAUUCUGCUUCCCCCCUCUCCCCCUCAACACUCCUGAUAAUUAAAAUAGGGCUGUUCGUUUCCCGACCGGUUCUUGUCCCUAAUGAAUGUAUUAGUUCUCCAUUUUUCUCAUCACCUGAUCGCCACUGAUGUUUGUCUUAUAGGCCAGUUUGUUGAUUUUUUUGUUACCUUCUUCGCCUAGAAUUUAUUCCUUCCAAGGCAAAUUUUGCGUCACCCUCCACCUCUUGGUUUAUACACCGUGAAUUUUAGAUGCGCCCCCUAUCUCUCUUUCUAGUGGCCCCAAAGACAUCUAAGUACCGCGCAAAAGAAAUACAUUUUCACUUUACUUGACAA